GUGACAACAAUCAAAUUGGGGGCGGAGGGAGUACUACUACUACUCUAGUAGUAACCAUUCUGAUUCCUCUGCUGCAAUUGAAAUUGAAAUAAAUCAAUCAAUCAAAGAAUGUCUGUGGUAUCAUUAAAGAACAAAUAUUGGGUUCUGAGGCAUGGGAAGAGCAUUCCUAACGAGCGAGGCCUUGUUGUUUCUUCCAUGGAAAAUGGCAUUCGCUCUGAAUUUCAAUUGGCCCCUGAUGGCGUUAAUCAAGCUCAACUCGCCGCUAAUUCAUUUCUAAAGGAACUAGAGGCUAACAAUAUACCACUUGCUAAUGUGCGUAUUUGUUACUCCCCCUUUUCAAGAACAACCCAUACUGCUAAUGUUGUUGCUACUCUAUUGAACAUUCCUUUUCAUGCUCCUCACUGUAAGGUCAUCCAAGAUCUUCGAGAGCGCUACUUUGGUCCUUCCUUCGAGCUUUUAUCUCAUGAUAAAUAUACAGAGAUUUGGGCAAUAGAUGAGAAAGAUCCUUUUGUUGGUCCAGAAGGAGGGGAAAGUGUUAAGGAUGUUGCCUCUAGACUUGCAAAAUCAAUGGCUGAUAUGGAGUCGGAAUUUGAAGGAUGUGCAAUUUUGGUUGUCAGCCAUGGGGAUCCUCUGCAAAUCUUGCAAACAAUUCUGCAUGCAGCUACUAAACAGAAGGAACCCGCUUCUGAUGACUUGGCUUCAGUAUUAGAUGCAGUUCAAGUGGCCCCAAUCUUGUCCCAGCACCGCCAAUAUGCGCUGAAUACCGGAGAGCUCAGGGGAGUCAUUUGAUAUUUGACUUUUGAGGUCUAGUGUGAAGGCAACUUUGGUUGGAUUUUGAUCCCCUAUUUUCCAUUACAUAGUUUAUUAUCAUUUCCAAAACAUUUUGGAGUAGUUAUCAAUUAUUUUGGUUUAUGAAGAUGAUUACUCUUUAGGAAAUUAGUUUGCAGUUUAUCAUAAAUGAUUACUAUUGGAAUUGGAUUUAGUGUGGAAGAGAUAGAGGAGGUUCCAUUUAUUUUCCAAUUAAACAUUUUAAUAUCUAAAA